AUGCUCUAAUCAAUAGGUGAAAUACCUUAAACACAACCUCUCAUAAAUUAUGGGACUGUAAAAUACUCUUUCAAAUGUGUCCGUCGACACUUAUUUAAAGAUAAAGUCUACUAUGUUCAUGCCUUACCCAAUAUGAUUACAAUAGGAGAACAUAUCAAUGACCCUAAUCCUAAGUAUAAAUUAGAACUCAAUUUGAAAAAUAUCGUCUACUGGAAGUAAGAACACGGUUAAAAUCGUGCCUUCGGUAUAAAAUAUAAAAAGAAUGUGAAAUACUUUGAGGCCGCUUCAGAAUAAUUAUAAAAAUUUCGACAAGAAAUAAGUUGUUUAAUUGGGUUCCAUUCCUUCGAUGACCACUAUAAAAUAGAUGAAUUAAUUGGGAAGGGAUCUUUUUCUUCUGUAUAUAAAAUUUUUAGGUAAAAUGACAAAAAAGUCUUUGCUAUGAAAUAUGUGUCAAGCAAAUAGAAGAACGACAAGGAGAAUAUGAAUGAAAUUGGAAUUCUUAGGUCCUUUAAUCACGAAUCCAUCCUUAAAAUAUACGAAGUCUAUCGUGUUGAAGAGUAUCAUUACGGAAUUAUAGUUGAAUAUUUGGAUGGAAUUGCAUUAUCUACUCUAAUCGAAUAGCUGAAGAAAAAUUAAAAUAUUCUUAAAGAAUCAGAAAUCAAAACUAUCCUCUAAGCCUUGCUAAUGGCACUGGCUGUUAUACAUUAAGAACAAGUAAUACACAGAGAUAUAAAACCAUAAAAUAUAAUGAUUUCCUAAUAACAUCAUAAUUGCGUCAAAAUUAUUGAUUUUGGACUCAGCAUUAAGAACUAAUUGUAAUACAAUAGAUGUGGGACUCCUGGUUACAUGGCUCCUGAAAUUGUUAACAUGAGAAAGGACUAGCAGAAGGCUUGGACUUCCCUUUGUGAUAUCUUUAGCCUUGGAGUGGUAUUCUUUAAAUUAUUAUCAAAGGGCAUCAGUUGCUUUUAAGGCUAAACUUCUGAUCAAGUCUUGGCCAACAACAAAAAAUGUUAAAUCGAUUGGUCUAUAGUCUAACAGCAUAAUUAUUCUAAAAAUUGCAUUGUAAACAGUUCAAUCAUAUAUGGCUAGUCAUUAUUAAAAGCAAUGUUAGCAAAAGAUCCCGAAGAAAGAAUCACAGCAUACUAAGCUCUUCAACAUCCCUUCUUUGGAGAUACGUUCUCAACUAUGUAUACUGACUAUGUUGGACAUUCAAUUAGUCUUAAAUCUAAGCAAGUUUUAAACCCAACACUUGAAAAACAAAAUCUCGAUUCCUUAUAAAGUGUAGAAGACAACUACGUUCAAAAGUAGUAAGUUUAUAAUAGAGACAUAAAACCAUCUAUUCUAAGUAGAUAGAAAUGA